AUGGAGCACACAGUAAGUUCAAAAACAGCACCUGAGGAUGUCACGGACAAUGCCUGUACAAUUUCGUUUGUGGAUUUUUUUGAUUCAAUGUAUUAUGACCUUAUGGCAAUGGCGAAGCUUCACAAGAUGGUACUAUCUCCACAAUCUGAUCCUUCACAGGGACAUAAUACGACUCAGUUUGGUGGAACUCAACAUUUAUCAAUCUACCAAUUACCAAAACGGUCAUUCCCGACUUUUUCCGGGGAUAUAACUGAUUAUGAAGGGUUUGAAGAUCUUUUCUUGUCAAUACUUUCACAUACCCCAGACGCGUAUUAG